UAUGCAUUUUUGCAAUUAUCACAGCGUGUUAAUUAAACGACUUUAUUUGCAAUUUGUUUUCGCGUGAUAAUUUCGCCGGCCAAAAAAUGGAAGAAUUACAAAAAGCUGUUGAUAUUAAGGCAACACACAAGCAGGGAGCUAUUGAUAUUUUACAUAGUAUAGUGAAACGAGAUGCUGACAUGAACAAUGAAGAAAGUGUGAAAGUAAAGGAACAAGCUAUUCUAGAACUAGGUGCUCUUCUAGCCCAGUCCAAACAAGCAGAAGAACUUGCAGGCCUUAUUAAGUUUACACGGCCAUUUUUGGGUAUGGUGAGCAAAGCAAAGGCAGCUAAGUUGGUACGAGCUUUGGUGGACCAGUUCCUAGAUAUGGAAGCUAGCACAGGAAAAGAGGUAGAUUUGUGUAAGGAAUGUAUUGAUUGGGCCAAAGAUGAGAAGAGGACAUUCCUCCGACAGGCUCUUGAGGCUAGAUUAAUUGCUUUAUACUUCGAGACCAAGCAAUAUAAAGAAGCACUUUUGUUAACUUCAUCAUUACUGAGAGAGUUGAAGAAAUUAGACGACAAAGCAUUGUUAGUGGAGGUACAGUUGUUAGAAUCAAAGAUUUACCAUGCAUUGAGUAAUCUACCAAAAGCCAGGGCAGCACUGACUUCAGGGAGAACAACAGCUAAUGGAAUAUAUUGCCCGCCAAAACUACAGGCAGCCCUAGAUCUUCAAUCAGGUAUACUUCAUGCAGCAGAUGAGAGAGAUUUUAAAACAGCUUACUCCUAUUUCUACGAGGCAUACGAAGGUUAUGAUUCUAUAGACAGUCCUAAAGCUAUUGUUGCCCUCAAAUACAUGUUGCUGAUGAAGAUAAUGCUGAAUGUAGCAGAUGAGGUACAGGCUAUUUUAAGUGGUAAAUUAGCAUUAAAGUAUUCAGGACCAGAAGUUGAAGCUAUGAAGUCUAUUGCAACAGCCAGUCACAAACGAUCUCUAGCAGAUUUUCAGAAGACAUUGGUUACAUUUAAAUCCCAGUUAGAAGAUGAUCCCAUUGUCUCAGCUCACCUUACGACACUGUAUGAUAAUUUACUGGAACAGAAUCUCUGUAGAAUUAUAGAGCCAUUCUCUAAAGUACAGGUGCAGCAUGUAGCCAACUUGAUCAAACUUCCAGUGGCUAAUGUUGAAAAGAAGCUUUCACAGAUGAUUCUGGAUAAGAAAUUUCAUGGAAUUUUGGACCAAGGUGCUGGCGUACUUGUUGUGUUCGAAGAGACAGAAUCUGACAAAACUUACGAGACAGCGCUCGAUACCAUCCAAGAUAUGGGCAAAGUUGUUGAUGCUCUGUAUAAUAAGGCAAAGAAACUUUCCUAAACUAGACCUUAUACAUUGACUGGUCAAUUACAUGCAUAGUUUUCAUAUUUAUUACUACAUUACAAGUUUAAACCAAUUGAAAUUUAGAAGAAGAAAAAAGCAACAUGGAACAUCAAAUUUAUAGGAGUAUGAAUCACAAGAGAAUAUUAGAGAAUUGUCUACAAGUGCAGAGGCUGGGGAAUAAUACUGUAAUAUUAUUUAGUUAAGAUAGGCACAAAUACAUUUAUCUUAGGUUAAAUUAAGUUAUGAAAUGAAAAGGUACAUGCAAGUGUUAAGGAAGAAUUCAAGUACCUUGUUGAAAUAUUGUAAUACAUUUUUAUUAUAGACAUUAAGGCAGUUUUAUUUGCUGCUUUGUAUGAAGUUACUUAAUUAAGUUAAAAAAAGUUAGACAAAAAAGUUAUUUUACCAAGUGUAUGAAAUUAUAAGGCAAAACUUGUUUAAUUGAUACAUAUAUAAUAACUUUAAAUUCUUCAUGGGUGAUAUAUUGUAAAACAAAAAUAUGUGCUAUUAAAAUUUGUUUAUGUGA